AUGUUUUUGUUACCAAAUGAUGAAGAUGAUCGAAUUUUAGAUCUUUUACAAACAUGUUAUAUAGUCGAUGAAUCCAUCAAUGGCAGUUUAGAUUCCAAAUUUGAAUUAAAUGAAUCUGACAACAAUGAAUGCUAUCAAGUUGUUGAUGAAGAUAAUAUAACUUAUGGAAAGACGAAUCGAGGUGGUCGAGAGCUGUAUAUGUGUGGUUAUUCAUAUCAAAUUAAACAAGAAAAUGAAAUAACAACCCGAUGGAGAUGUAUCGUUCGUGCACCAACUUGUCCAGCUAUUAUUUAUACAAACAAUAAUGAUGAUAGUUUUUUUCGUUGGAAUGGUGCUUAUCAUCAUCAUCCUCC